AUGGCUCAAGAAUUAAGCCCCGUUAACUUCAAAUCAGAUCGAGUUUCUUCAUUAAUUGGAUUUAGUGAGACACCGCACGCAAUUUUACAGUCCAAUUCCGUGACUCCCCCGUCAACACUUACAUCACAUUUAUCUUCACUGUCAUCAUCGUCGUCAUCUUCGUCCUCAUCAUACACAUCCCAAAAUCGCAAAUCAACCUCUCCCCGCUCAACAUACCUCGUAACAUUGAUGGCUUCCAUCAACAGCGACAAAUCGGACGUUCAUAUCAAUGCUGACAGCAUCUUGGAGGAACACUUAUCAAGAAUUUGGGAAGACAGCGGGAUAUCAUCAUCGCCAUCGCCACCCCCAUCAUUAACAGAUCAACAGCUACCUUCAUUACAACAACCGCAACAGUUCCAACAAAUGCUACAAAAUAAUUUUCUCAACAGAUUAUCUCAGAACCAGAAAUAUCAGCAUCAGUCGUCACAUGCACACAACACUACUUCGCCAAUGUCUUUAGUCUCACUUCACUACCAACAACAGCCGCUACAAAUUAAAACCGAGCCGCUCCAUCUCACUGAAACAAACAAAACUACUAAUUACUUCUCGCUAGAUGGCAAACUUUACAACUGCAAUGACGCGACGAUACAUCAAAAGCAAAAAUUUUCAAAUCUAGUUAACAUUAAUAGCUGGGUUAGCAACACCAACCGUGAUAGACAAAUCGUGCCGCAACCAACAUCUCCAGCUUGGAAUCCGAAACAUAUCAACGGAAAGGAUCUUAUUUUCAAUCCACAAUUGAACACUUUCAAUUCAAUCUCAAUGAUAAAACCUUCCAUGAACAAUUUCCUCGAAGACCAAGAAAACAUCAGUUUCGACAACGACGACGACAACAACAACAACAACAACGGUGUUGGAAAUUUCAAUGAUGGCAACAGCGGAUUUUCAGCCUCAACAUUACCCUCACCAACUUCUUCAUCUCAGAUCACAAAACCUGCUCUCUCAUCUUCUUCGCAGUUAAUAAAAUGCUUCUGGUGCAACUCUAUCGAGAACGUCAGCGAUUGUUUAGAUUUGUGUGAAGGAAUGGACGUGAACAAUUCAUCAACAGAACCUUUGUCGACAUUCAACUCGACACAAUUUUGCAACUCUCUUAACCGUUCUUCAACAUCUCCUCUAGUGAGCAACAGCAAAAACUCAACGGAAAAUAUGUCAAUGUUCUUGGCAGGUGAUAAAACCUCAAAUAAUUCUUGUUUAGGUUUUUCCAAAAAUAAUUCAAUUAGUAUUUCUAAUUCCGACAACACGGUCAACAACAACUAUUUUGCUUUUUCGCAAAUUGUUAAGAGCAAGGAAUGCAACACGUCAUUAUCGUCUCCAUCAUCUCAUUCAGUGGCCACAUCGUCGUCUUCGUCAUCGUCUGCAUCUUUUCCAUCGUCUGCAGAUCAGCACACCGCUACACCAUAUUGUUGCUGCAAAAAUCACAACCUAUAUAUAAAUGGCAGGUGA